CAAUCACCAGUUUCCGACGGUAGAAAAAUUCUGGUGAAGAACUGAUUUACUCUGAUGUGAAGAUAAAAACCUUUUCAAAAGCUUUGCCUAAAGUAUUUAGCGAUACACAAAAUCAGGAACUUGACAUCGAACCUGUAUAUUUAAGGUUAAUUACGAAAACAGAAACAAGGAAAUAUAUUUUCUCCUUGAUUCUGAAGGCGAUUACGAGUGCUUCAUAUAAAUAUCUGUAUUGUAGUGUUUGUAACUUAGGUAAUCUGUUUUCAACUGUUCUUUUGUUAUCAGAUUUUACAGCCCUACAGAAAGACUUUAAAACGAACAUGAGGAACUUGUAUCUGAUUUUCGUCGUUUUGUCUUCGUUCUUAGUUUGGGGAGGUGAGUUGUAAUCUUUGGUUCAUGUGUUUAAAAAUUGAUUAACCUUAGAAUCUAAAUACAAUGGUAACAGAUUACUUCUUAACACUUAAAGAACAAAGGAUAUUCAUCGAGUUUAAAGUGCAGUUAAACUGAGAAAAUAAUUAGUAACAAAAGCCCUACUGUGUAUUCGUUAUUUUAAAAUCGCUUACAGUGAUUAUUUACAAAUGCAUAAGUUAGCGUUUAUUACGUUGAUUAAUGGUGUGGGUGAAUAGAUUUGGAAAUAGAUGUAAUGAAGACUUCAUUCUGUUAAUUGUCGAGUAAAUGGAGCUAUCAAGUUCUAAAGAUAACAAAAUCGCGGAGAUCGAAAUGAUCUCUAUGCUCUCUACUAAAUGUGGUAGUGAAAAUUUCGAAUUCAGUCAGAUUUAUGGUGUGGUUUGGUACUGCAAGUUCCGCUCUGAGGUAGUCGCUGAGUGACAUGGUUUUGUUUUAAAUUGGUUGUAGAGAUUAAUAAAAUAGCUUGUUCCACAGAGCUGCGUGCAAUUCAGAUCAACCAAACUAUUGCUUAGAGAAUGGUUUGAACAUAGUUGUCUUGUCACAGGCGGGUAAGGUGGAAUAUGGUCGCCGGGGAGAGUGUAGUCCUGGAUCGGACAGUUGUUAAUACAGCCUUUGUAUCCGGUGGUAUCGUUCGAGGGACUGGGAAAGUUCUGCAAAGAGCUGCGAAGCCGUGAUGAAAAUGAGGAGGAGAUGCUUCAAAUUUUCUGGCCCUUUCACCGCCAGAAAUGCGCUCUCACACGCGCAAAAAAAACCGCCAGCAAUACAGGCUAUUGUUACAACUGUAACAGUGACUGAUGUAAGGCAACUGCUGUGGAUACCUUAAUUGCAGAGGUAUCAUGUUAUAGCUUCUAGAUUUUAAUUAAGCCAAAGUGUAAUUUAAUAAAUGAAAGUUUAUAGCGACUUUCCGUGGUGAUGUUAUUUUAAAUUUUGUAUUUUCAAUUCAUUGAGAAUUUUUUUGGUUAUUUUUCCUUUGCUUUUAGAAUGCCGAGCAGUGUCAAGAGGUAAUAACAGUCACGCUAAUGAGUUAUUUCUAAGUGAUUUAAUAGAACUAAAGUAAUAGUUAAAACAAAACUUGUCAAGAACAUAAGAGGUUAGCAUGAAAAUGCUGGGAAAAAGAGUGAUUCAACUGUGUCUGCAUUCCAUAUUGAUCUUACACAGGAACUCAUUGAUUACAAGUAAAAGUAAAAAGCGAGACUUUGAAAUUAGUUCUUUUUAAGGGGGGAAUGUCUCUUAAGUUUGAAUAUUUACCUCGUCUUUAUGAACAAAGUCAUUGGAAAAAGGAUACCACAGCUGUAUUAUUGAAAGAUGAAAAUUUUUUGUGAGCCAUGUUUUAUUGACAUCAGAGUGGCCAUGGCAACGUUAUAACGCCCAUUACGUUUUUAAUGAAAAUUGCUCUUCUAUUAGGUUAUGAUAAGCUUAGCUGGCAAAGCGCCCACUUGCCCAAGACACAGAAAGCCAAUACUGCCUCUAAUAACCGGUCUUGGCCAACUUGUCUUAUCCCCAGUGCCCACUCCACACCUCGCUAUUUUCUUGGCCUCCAAAGACAUGCGGGACAUAAGUAUUCUCUCUUCUUAAAGCCGAUCUCUUUAAUAGCGGUUAAGAAUAUAACUGGGCUGAAUUUCAAAAACCUUCGGUACUUAUUAGAGGGAAAACAAAUCGUUGUCGUAAUUUCUAUUUGUAUUGCUUUUGCGCUCUUUUCUGUCGGUGUCAGCGUUUCAACCCAUCUUUGUAUCCGUUGUCGCCAUUGAUUAUCUGUCUAAGUCGAGUUUGGUUUUGUCUGUUUUUUCUUUGGUUGUUUGUUUGUUGGUUUUUGUUGGUUUUUUUUUCUCCACCCUUCACUUCAGUUUUUCAACAAAAUGAAAAACUGUUCUACCUGCAUGUCUACAUAGAAUGUCGUGACAAUUUUCACAACUGUGAGACAUGGAGGAGGUCUGGGCUUUGUCAUGGCACUGCGCAUGCGUUUUACCUCCGGAAUGGCUGCGCAAAAACCUGUGGGUUUUGCAAAAGUAAGUGAUAUUAACGCAUAUUAGGGUAAUAAUGUAUGUGUCUUAGGUCAUAGAUAACAGUAAUAACACAGUCACGUGAAGUCUAGUGAUCAUUUAGGAGUAGAUCUCAGAGUAUUGUGCCCUUAGUAUUCUUGCCCAGACGCCAGGCCACAUCAUUCCGCACGACCUAUUAAUUUUGGGUCACGUGACCGUUCGUCUCGGAUCAGGAACUAGCUGUAAAUGACUUAUUAUUAAACUGAGGUCAUAAGUCCAUGAAACUAAAAAGAAACAAGAGCCAUAAUAGGACCUCUUGAAAGAAAUGGUCUCUUAAAGGAGCUAUGUCACCUAUAACUUAGCGAAACUGGCCACCAAAUUGAAUGAAAUAUAAAAAUAACUGCUUAUUAAACUUUGAAAGGAGGGUAGAGCUCGCAUGGACAAAAUUGAAGACGAUUAAAUGGGAUUUCCAAUUGUUUUUUUUUUUUUUUUAAAUUUUUUAGCUACGUAGCUUUUCAAAGUUGAUCUCUGAUUAUAAAUGAUGUUUUGGGCGCUAAGAAAACACACUCAACUCUUGUGCUAUGAAGCUGUUAUUGUGUUGAAUAGAACUAAUUUUCCCGCCAGCACUUAGCAAGUAAUUUGGAAAACUUACAGAAUGCACUUAAAAAAUUGCUCAGUUACAUAUUCCCUUAAAAAAACUGUUUUAUUCUCGCAGGUGACACUCCAUUACAGACCAAUCAACAUUCAAUUCAAGAUACUCCCAAGAAAGCAAACAAACAAAGUAAUAAAGGGAUCGGUCAGGGUCAGCAGAAACUUCAUUCUCCUGGUCAGGUACCAUUGCCUUCAGAUCUUUCAUUGAAGUCAGGAAAAGAAAUGCCUGGUAAGCUAUUCACUGUGAUCAAGGUUUUUUCGGAAAGUCAUUUCUCAGUUUUAACCAUGGCACUUAUAUUUCAGUUGAACUUAAAUGUAACGAAUUCCGAAUAAAUACCAGAUAUAAAGAGCCAUGUUCGUCCGUCGAUACCACUUUUAACGGGCGAUGCCCCCACCUAUAACAAAGCUUUUAGUGAUAAUAGAUGUAAUAUAUUCUCUAGACUAAGUUUCCAUGAGAUAGCAUAGCCUUUAACGAGAACAAACUUUUAUCCCUAGUUGAAUUUAGUACGUUUAAAGUUCGGAAAGGUCUAGGAUUAUCUCUUAAGGUGGUACAAGAAAAGACGGUUGGUUAAAAUACAUACUUCAAUUUUUUGGAAUUAAGGUGAUAGUCUCUUCAGUUAUAGAAACAUAAUGGAUAUAGGAGACGACCCGAUACAAUAUACCUCCAUUACAAUGAACACUAUUUUCCCAAUAACUUAGCUCUUCGUUAUAUCAAUUUUCCCCGAAAUUAAAAAGCAUCUUAAAAUAAAUUGAAAGGAUUUGACCCGGAAAGUAACGAAUUGAAACGAAAUAGUUCGACUGCGCUCAGCCUUCAUGAACCUGGUCCAGUUUAAGGACACGGACCCGUUAUGUCCGCGAGCAUAAUCGACCACUUAGCGGUUUUUUGCACCUUAUACGUACUAUCAACUUGCUUUUAAGGAGGAAAAAGGCUUUCCAAAGUCUUUCAACCUUUCAGGAUAACUUCUUCAAGUUAACUAAAUGAAGGGCGUUAUUUUAACCAAAAAUAUUGGUCAUUCUUACUUAAAAGAAACUUGUUAACGCUACCAUUUACUAAUAGACAACCAAACAAAAAGGUCAAAAUAACCCUGUUGAUAGUUAUUUUAACUGCUUUUAAAUUAGUUAUUUCAAAUCAAUAGAAUCCAGUUAUUUCAAACCAAUCUAAAUUGGUCAAUCUGACUAAAACAAAAGGAUUCUCUCAGACGCAUUUUGCAACAAUUUUCAUUGGUUAUUUUAAGUCAAAUUUUACAAUGUAAGUUAAUUUAAAAAUCGUACCUUCCAUGCCAAGUCUCUGUUGACGUGUUCCCAGGCCUUUGCGGUCGGGCCAUAGACAUGUUCAUGACGAACGGGAAUCGGUCUUACAAGCAUUGACCACGUGAUACUAUAGGCGGGAAAAAGAUAAUGCGGAAUAACGAUGUUUGUUUGAGUACUUGACAAAAUUCAGUACCUUAUUCAUAGCUGCUUCCAUAAUUUUGCCGUUUUUUAACGACUUUUCCUUCUACCCUCCCUCAGAAGAGUGCACAGAUAGGUUUGUGUCACAGACGUGUAAGCAAUGGAAGGAUGGACAGAUGUGUAUGGACGACCGUUACAGAAAUUAUCUGACUUAUGGCUGUGCUUCCACAUGUCGGUUUUGUAGUAAGUACAGAUCUUCAGUUUUAUAACAUUGACGAAAGAAAUAUACAUUACGUACUGUUUAAAAACGAGUAGGAGUGUAUUAUCAGGCUUAAACUCGAGGCAAAGCCGAUAGCUUUUAAACCUGAUAAUACACGAAUGCGAGUUUUUUGAACGGCUUCAAAAUCUGUAAUAUAAAUCAAAUCAUUCUUGCACUAAUGUUUAGAUUUGGGGUUAUUUUGCUCUAAAAAUUGAACGAAAAGUUUACCCGUGUCUUUAUCAGAUAUAAAGACAAUGAUUAAACAUUUAUUGAUCUUUAUUUUUUUGUUCUUUGUUUAUGAAUUAUUAAUCAGUUUUUUGAAUUGCUCUUAGCUAUAUCUAUGAAAAAAAGUAAUCAUAUGCUGUAAGAUUUAAGUGACCUAUCUUUGGUACACGACUUUCACUUUGAAAGUGUAUCUUUCUCAGUUUCUAUGUUCCUAUGAUUCAACAUAGUCUAAGAUGUCUGCCGUCUCCACCCACUAAUUGGGAAGCACGGCGAAGAAGAGAGAGAUAGUGUCUCUCCGCACUGUAUCUACCCCCCCCCUACGGCCUACCCUACGCGACGGCUUAAGGGGUAGACACACGGCACGGAAAACGCACAAUCGUCAAUAAAGGUACCCUUCAAAUCAUCAUAUUCUCUUACUUUCUGUACAGUUCACUGUAAACUUCCUUUAGACAUGAACAUCCUUUUAAAGACAUCAAGGGCACCCAACGACCGAGACAUUGCCUUUUAUGAAAGGCACUACAGAGUCUUUCUGCGGCCAUACAGUAUUUAUUUUUCUUAAAAUGUCAUUUAAUCUCCUCCUGGUCAGAUUGCCGUGAUACAUAUAGAGAAAGCCCAUAUUGUGACGCGUGGAAAUCAAAAGGAUUUUGUAAACAAUAUAAAGAUCAGCUGGAUACUUAUUGCCCAAAAACAUGUGGAUUCUGUAUCAGUAAGUAUAACUGAUAUUUUUCCCCUGAAAACUCACACUCACACACACAAGCAACAUUUUAUGUCCCACACGCGACCUAGAUGCAACAGAAAAAUCAGAAUGACUAACGGUAGAGCUUAUUUUGUAUUUCUUUAUUUCCUCUUCUCUCAAUCAAGAUGCAAAGUACGAAGAAACCACAGUACCGCCUCAGAACACAACAGCUCCUACACCGUCCCAGAGCGCUACACCUCCAAGUUCCGAUCAAGAGAAGGCAAGACCAGUUAUUACGGUAGUUAAGAACGUUAUUCAACGUCACCCAGUGAGCGCGAGGUUUGCGAAUACUGGGAAACACCAAUUCCAAAAGAGGUUUGCCGUUAUUCAACAGGGAAGGAAAUUCAGCGCUGUGGUCUGUCAACGCUGA